AUGACCAAACACCCCCUAACAAUCGCCCUCAUCUACGAAGACCCCGCCGUCUACGCCCUCCACCACCACCCCGCCGCCUCCCUCUCGCACCUCGAAGUCGGCGCCGCCGCGCCCGCCGUCACAACCGCCCUGCAAUCCCAGGGCCACACCGUCCACCCGAUCCCCAGCAUCCACGCCCUCCUCGCCCACCUCACUACUCCCGAAACCCCGAAAUGGGACCUAGCCUUCGACAUCACCGAGGGCGUGUACGGCCCCGCGCGCGAAGCGCAGGUCGCCGCCGUGCUGGAGGCGCACCGCAUCCCGCGCACCUUCUCCGACGCCGCGACCAUGGCGCUGUGUCUGGACAAGGGGCGCACGAAGAUGGUGCUGGAGCAUUUCGGGGUCGCGACGGCGCCGUUUGCGGUCGUUCAUUUCGACGACAGUCCCCAGAAAAAGGAGUUGAGCGGCGAGGAGAUCCUGGGACAGAUGCGCCACUCGCGGCAUGUCGAGACGCUGCUCGGGCCCGGGGGGUGGCCGCUGUUCGUCAAACCCUUGGCUGAGGGAUCGUCCAAGGGGAUUGCCCUGGGGAAUCGGGUGGCCUCGGACAAAGAGCUGGUGCGCGUGGUAAAUGCGUUGCGGGCGGCGAGUCCCUCUUCUUUGGGGAUUUUGGUCGAGUCGUUUCUCCCCGGAAGGGAGUUUACGGUCGGGAUUCUGGGGACGGGGGUCGAUGCGUGGGUCGUUGGGGUGGAUGAGAUUAAGUCCAAGUCGUCGGAUGAUUGGAACGGGGAGGCGGAUGAGGUCAAGGUCACUCGCGAGGACAAGGAGGCAGACCUGGCUUGUGAGACGGCGUUAAAGGCGUGGAGAGCGCUGCGCUGCCGCGAUGGGGGCAGAGUUGAUGUCCGCAUGGAUGGAGCUGGAGUGGCUCAUGUCAUGGAGAUCAAUCCGCUGGCUGGGUUGCUCCCUAGCUGGUCGCAAUUGCCGCUCAUCGCUGAGCAUAAUGGUGUCUCGUUCGAUGAAAUGAUCGAUCAUAUCGUGCAGAGUGCACUCAAGCGAACGGUUUCCCAUGCCGUUGUCUGA